GGCCAUAAGCUCAUCCCACGGCUAUGUUCACACUGUAAAUUCCAUCGACGCAAAGACGCCAAGGGCGACCGGACUAAAAAAUAAGAGUUUUUCCGCGGUUUAAAGGACGCUCUCUGUGCAAAAACACGCCAAUUGUGUUGUGACUUAAACGGAUAUUGCAAUUAGUUCGCCAGAGGCACCGCAGUGGAAGAUGAGCAAGAAAGGGGACUCUCCGGAACCGCAGGAGACGGAGGAAUACUCGGUGGAGAAGGUGUUGGACCGCCGAGUGCGCGGUGGAAAGGUGGAGUACUACCUGAAAUGGAAGGGAUACUCCUCGGACGACAACACUUGGGAGCCAGAAGAGAAUCUCGACUGCCCAGACCUGAUUCAGGCGUUUGAGGAACAAAGGCAAAAGAGGGAGAAGGAAGCGGGACGGAAGGAAUCAGAAAGCAAAAAACGAAAAACCUCCACUCCACCAGCGACCGAAACAAAACAGCCGGCCGCCAAGAAGAAGGACGUGAAGAAGAGCUCGAAUCUGCAGGGAUUCGACAAAGGGUUGGAGCCCGAUAGGAUUCUCGGAGCCACGGACACUUCCGGCGAGCUUAUGUUCUUGAUGAAGUGGAAGGACACAGACGAGGCCGAUCUAGUUCCUUCCAAACAAGCGAAUGUGAGAUGUCCUCAUAUUGUCAUCCAGUUCUAUGAGGAACGCCUGACUUGGCACACACCAUCGAUUGAGGAGAAUUAAGGGGAGACGCGCGGGAGAGACCGGCCAAGUCGACGGUAAAGCAAAAUCUGAUUUUUCUUCAGUUUCAGCGUAAGAGAUACUUUAAAGAAAUAUAUAAAAUUAGGUUUACUAUUCCGCAUAACUUGUCCGUGUGGCGGGUUUCCAAUGAAAUGAUCUUUGAUCGAGAGAGAAGGACGCAAAUUUUGAAUCAUUUUAACAAGUGUUAGGAAAUUUGUGAAUUUGAAAAUGUAGAUUUGAACCAGAGAUUCGACUGUCGAAUAACAGAUGAUUGAGAAAUGAUGAUUUUCACAAUGGACACUUUUCAGUAAAUUCAGUUCUCUUAAUUACAUAAUAUAUGAAUAAUAAGAUAUGUACUCUUGAAUAGAUUUGUCUUUUUACUGGAUUCCAUGCCCAUUCGCGAGAAUCGUGCUUUUCAAUUGGAAAUUCUUCUCAGUGUUUAACAUUUUAAAGAUUUUUUUAGCGGUUAAGGAAUGAAAUAUUCUUGGAGAUAUUUUUGUAGGAUCAUAAUAAGGAGAUUAAAACGAUUUUUCCAUCCAUGAAAUGAGAAUUCAAGUGAGAAAAGACAUUUCAUCAUAUCUCUUUGGCUGAUUCGAAGGCAAAUCAAUACAACGUACAAGUUUGAGGAAAUUUGAAGGGUAAAACUGAGAUGAAUAAUGAAUUAUCUGAUAUUAUAAAGAAGAAUUAUUCACAUAUUCGUCACAUUUUGAUAAAUUCUUAUAGUCAUGAAGUCAUGUUUUACAAGUUUUCUUAUAUUAGGAUUACUUUCGACCCAACUUAAUGCAAUUUUUGUCAAAAUUUCACGCAAUU